AUAAAAGGAGGGAAAGGCGGAGCUGUGCGCGCCACAAACUUUAACAGCAGGACGUUACACGUUUCUGAGCGCUAACGUUUCCAACAGCAUUUUACCAAACUCGAAAGAAACCGAAGAAGCGACUUCUCAGCCUUUGCCCGCUGAAACCUAGCGGUGACACGGCCACGCGGCCUGGAAUGAGAGAAUGACAAUAAUCCUAAAAUUGCGAGGCCUCAAUGUGAAGGCAGGUCUAGAAGACAUAAGGAAAUUCUUUAAACAUCUUCAUAUACCUGAAGGUGGAGUGUGGAUAUUGGGAGGAAGUCUAGGAGAGGCGUUCAUUGCAUUUACUACUGAAGAAGAUGCCCAGCGUGCCACUCGGUAUAGUGGUAAAUUACUCAAAGGGACUAUGGUGACCAUACGCAUCAGCAGCAUGGACGAGCUGGAGCACAAACUAAAGUUAAGGAUAAUGAAGAAGAAGAAAUCUUCUACCACCAGGCUUACUCAUAAAAGACCUCAACUCUCUCCAGAUCCCAGUAUGCCAUCUUUGAAAGAAUUUACUUGUGAUCACAAUCUUGCAAGCCCCCCAUUGACAACUGUAAAACCACCUGAUCCCCGUCUUGCACAGCCUUUUUAUUCAAAUUCUGCAGACAUUCAGACUGUGAAUUCACUGGAUCCCAAUACUGCCUUUCUUCUUGGGAUUUGUACUGUCCUUCAAAAUCUUCAGUCAUCCCAUGAAAAAGGAAACCCAGAGGCAGGGCUGAGAGUAGAUUUCCAGAAGGCUGAUGCCACACCUGAUGUGGUGAAAACACCAGGGCCAUGCCAAAACUCAGAGGCUGGUUAUGUCAGGCUUUUUGGUCUGCCAGCCUCGACUACAAAAGAGGACAUAUGCCAGUUUUUCGGUGGAUUAGCAGUACAGGAAGCCAUAGUCAAUGUGAAGUUGGGACUUAACAAUGGCUGUCUUGUCAAAUUUGCAAACACACAGGACGCAAAUGAUGCUCUUCGUUUUAACGCGCAGUUACUGGGAUCCAUUGUUGUGGAGGUACGAGGAGCAAGUGAGAAGAUGUGGACCAGUGCGCUGCAAGAAUGUGAAAAUCCAUUUGCUUAUUAUGGCAAGAGAGAGACACCACCUCCAAACCCACUUAGGGAAACGGCAACUGCUGUACAAAAACCCUCACUGCAGUUUAAGAGGCGUUCUGUCAACCAGCCACUAAAUAAGUGUAUAACAAAAUCAAAACCAGAUUGUGACUCAGCCACUAAAUCAACACCAACCAUGGAGCACAUUAUCAUGGCGAGGAAGUUACCCAAAGAGAUGACCAAGACAGAAAUAAAGGAACUGUUUGGGUGUCAUGACAUUGCACACAAAAAUGUACUUCAUCUGCUUCACAAUGGCAACAGAACCGACACAGCUUUUCUUAUUUUUAACCACAUUGAGGAUUAUGAUUAUGCAUUGAACCUCACAGGUUGCCAUGUGGGCUCCGACACCAUUGAAGUGUCUUCCAUCACUAAAGAAAAGAUGAGGGACAUGAUGGCUGAAAACCAUUUCAGGAGUCUUAAAACACUCUCAAAGAGGAACCCAAAUCAAAGGAGCAAGUCACAGCCAGUUGAGACUCUACAAGAGACGGACUCGGCUGCACACACAUGUCUGUAUGUUAGAAACUUGCCUGCAGAUGUUAAUAAGAAUCACAUUAGAAACCUUUUCUUGAAAAACAAACUGAAAAACGAGAACAUCAUUUUAUUGUGUGACACUAAUGGCAAGAGUAUUGGUGAGGCUGUGGUUCAGUUUAAGUCCAAAGAGCUUGCAGCUCUGGCUCAUGGACUCGAUGGUCAGAAAUUCAUGGGGGCACCAGUGUUACUUACUCUUAUAAAUGUCAAGCAGAUGGAAGACAUUGUCACACAAAAUGCUUAAAAAAAGGUUAAACUCAAUCUUGACAAAACCUUUACAACUGACUGAUCUUGAUGAACAUUCCCUUCCAGAAGCAUUUGUUUAUAGUUUAUCGGCUUAACUGAUUAACCACCUGACUUAAUUUUUUUUAUUUCUUUUACAUGCCAUGUGUUAUGACUUUCAGGAUUUUCUAUCAAUUUUAAAUGUUACAUCUUGUUGCUCUUUUGUUAACCGAGACAAAGAACUUCAGUGCAUAAUUUAAGGUGAUUAUCUUAGCGUCUAGUAUUCCAACAGGAUCCACCUUGAACCUGUGGCUCAAAUCAAAGAUGUAACAUGUAUGUUACAAGAAAUUGUAAAAUUGCAGACUUUGUAAUAAAUAAAUGUACAUUCCGAAA